AUGGAUGAAGUAGAAGUCGAUACGCCAGACGUCGACACCGGCUCUAACAAUGAGUUGGAUUGGAAUGUUGACAUCGACGACGCUCGCGAUGGCAGUUUAACUCAUCUUAAGCCCCCUCUUGAGUUUGAUCCAUCUAGUAGACAUUCUAGCAGGCAUUCCAGUGAGGGGCCAGACUCGCAUAAGCCAUAUCACACAAAACGGCCACAUAAGAAGUCACGAGCCGGAUGUCAGCAAUGUAAAAAGAGAAAAGUGAAGUGCGAUGAAGCGAGGCCAACGUGUAAGGCCUGUAGGCUCCGAAAGGAGAGCUGCGUAUAUCCGCCCUCGACGGCAUCUGCCGCACUUGUUCCCACCCCGAAAUCCGAUUCGGAGGUUUCGUCUUCAGCCUCCUCUCCUCUAUCACUCCGUGAAGCUGACACUGGCAAUAUGCUUGUUGUCACCGAGCCUCUUUUUAGGCCACGAGAAAUGUCAGAUGCUUUGGACAUGGAAAUGCUGUGGUUCUACACCACCACAGGAUUUCAGUUCUUCUCGAUUCAGAGUGGCCGUUCUGCUGUAGUCGAUCAUGUGCUCCAGGUAGAGGUUGUCAAGCACGCUUUCAAGUCACCGUUCCUCAUGAAUUGUUUGAUGGCAGUAUCAUCACUGCAUCUCCAAAACUUAAACCAACCCAUUCCAUCUCAACGCGCGGCGACUUAUUGUUCCAAGGCGUUUAAUGGAUAUCGAGAUGCGAUAGAGACGGCAAAUCCUUCUGACUUUCCUGCAUUGAUAGCGACAUCGCUUCUGAUGAUCGCACUGAGUAGCCAAAUGUUCCGCGAUCCAGAUGGAAAGCCACUCUAUGUUAUAGACUGGAUGCAAGUCUGGAGAGGAAUCGGGUUGAUUGUUGAAAUCGUCUCACCACGAGUCCUCCAAGAAACUGGGAUGGCAGUGUUAUUCUACAGACCCCCGAUAGACCUCGACAAGGCAACGCAGUACAUUCCAAAUAACCUCCUAUUUAUGGUUGCUUCCAUAAGCCCUGGUGAUGCAGACGACCAAUACCAACAAACAUAUUAUAACAUGCUCAAAUAUCUCGGGUCGCUUUAUCAAGAGAUGAGAGAUCAUGGUUUCAAUCCCAUCCUCGACCUUCGUAUAAUCACUUUCUUCACUUUUAUACCAAAAGAUUUUAUCCCUCUUGCAAAGGAACACCGGCCACGAGCUUUGGUUCUCUUGGCCCACCACCUGUGCUUCGCGAAACUAACCCCGGAUGUCUGGUGGAUGCGCGGUAUUGCAGACCGAGAAAUUAAGCAAAUCUGCGAAGAAGUCGGGGAUGAAUGGGCACAUUUAUUACGCGUGCCCCAGAUGGUUCUCAGGACAAAUGACAAGACCGAAAUCGCCCAGCUACUCAUCAAUAAUCGCAAUUGGACUCCAACAGAGAUGGAUCGAUACGAAAGAGACCGAGACCCUAGAUUGAAAACAGACCUAGGAUUGUUCGACAAUGAAGGCUCAGAAGUCAGCAUUUACGAUGGCCAGUGGAAGCGAAAAUCGUCGAUUGCGUCCAUGAACCAUAAAGUCACAGAGCUGGGGGAUUUAUUGGAUCCCUUCCAGGUUCCCUGUAAGGGAUCUAUAUCAAAUUCAGCGUAA